AUGCAAAACAUGUGUCGAUCGCGGACUCUCGCUGUCGUGCGUCUAUCGCAGAAGGAACCCAAGAUCCCAAACAGCGUCCAUGACAGGAUUGACCAACUCGAAAAGCUCGUCACCAACCUCAUCGGUGGAAAUCCUGUUGAUACAGCUAAUCCCGCGCUAUCCAGCCCAUCACAAGCGCGGCAACAUCAUAACGGAGGAAACAAUGGUGACUUGCCUGGCACGCCGGAUCGCGUAAAUCUCAGCUGCGAUGCAACAAGCUAUACGAACAGUGGACAUUGGACAAGCAUACUUGAUAGCAUAUCGGAGCUGCGCGAACAUCUCGACCAGGUGCCCGUAUCGCCCGAUCCGGAUGAUGAAGUGGUGAAUGAAGUACCCGGUCCAGAGCUGCUGUUUGGACGUAAUGCCCAUGCGACUAGAGAAGAGCUCUUCGCUGCUCUUCCUCCACGGUCAGAAGCGGAUCGACUCAUUGAUACAUUCUUCAUAUCAAUGGAAUCACACCCGAGUAUGUUCACUACCUCGAUUGAAGAGCGCCCACUGAUGUCUCCAGCCCUCAUUCACAAGCCGACCUUUCUUAAACAGUACGAUGAGCUAUGGAGACAACCAUUCGAAACUUCAACGAUGUGGUUGGGUGUACUUUACGCUGCACUGGCUCUCGGCUUUCGCUUCCAAGCCGCGGUGAACACUCAUCAGCUUGGCGAGACUGAACUGGCUCCUGAUCUGGUGCAGAUCAACUUCUAUCGCGAGAAGGCUGCGCAAUGUAUGAUUCUUGCAAACUAUACCAAAACACCGCCAUACACGAUCGAAGCGUUCUUAUUGUAUUUUGGUACCGAAUUCCUACGCUCAACCGACAGCCAGUUCAGCAUCUACAUGCUUGUUGGCAUGCUUGUACGUCUUUGUUUCCGAAUGGGAUACCACAGGGACCCGUCGAGAUUUCCGAACAUCUCGCCUCACGAAGGUGAGCUGAGACGUCGUAAAUGGCUCGUAGUCAUGUCGCUAGAUUUUACCACCUCUUCUCAAGCCGGACUGCCACGGACGAUCAUGCCGCAAAUGUACGACACUCAAGAGCCCCGCAACUUGGGUGAGGACGACCUUCACGAAGACAUGCUAGAGCUACCACCCUCAAGGCCCGAAACUGAGUUGACGCAACUACUUUAUUCGAUCGUUCUCACAAGGUUGCGAAGUGUGCAGGCCAGGAUUGUGGAUCUCGUCAAUGCUACAUCGCUGCCACCGUACGGAGAGAUCACGGAGAUGGACGCCACACUAAGAGAUGUCUUCGAAAAGAUACCACAAUCGCCAGCAUCAAACACCUUCGACGAUCUUAGUACCGAUUUAUCACCAGACUUCAUGCGCUACACGUAUUUGAACGUAGCCUUCUUGAAGGCCGAGCUUAUGUUGCAUCGACCCUACUUCGUACUCGGCCGAACCGAUAGCAGAUAUACAUACUCCCGCAGGGUCUGCUUGAACGCUGCUAUAGAGAUGCUUCGCCUCCAGAGCAAGCUUGACGCUGAGGUCCAACCAGGAGGUCGACUAACUUCACCAGGGUGGCGUCUCUCUACCUUGAGCUGGUACAUGUCUUCCAUUAUUGCGCAAGACUUCUUACUCGCGACUACCAUCUUGGUAGUCGAGCUUGAUGAGGAACUCAUUGCUCCCAUCCCACUGGGUUCUGAGCUUAUGGAAAGCGGGGUGCAACUGGACCAAGCGUCCCCGACGCAAGAGGAAAUCGUCGCGUCGUUGCGCUCCGCUUAUCACAUCUGGAUCAGGGCUAGCAAGAGAUCGCAGGAGGCACGGAAGGUUGCUACAGCCGUGAAGCUUGUUCUCUCUAAAGUUCACGGCAGUGGGGUACAGGCUACCGAUUCGGCGCACGGUGAGCCGCAUCUUAUUCACUACCCGCUUACAUCUACUAACAUUUUCGACACCAACGAUCUUGGAUUCGCUGUUCCCGACUCGGAUGCAUUUGACAUGGGCAAUAGUGCUUUUGGUCACCCAUUCGAUUUUGGCUUCAUGCCAAUGGAUCUGGACCAGUAUACCUUACCUCUCGAUUGGGGCGAUGCGUUUCCCAACCUCCAGCCGCAUCCUCUUGGACAAUAUCCCCCAGGAUCCACUGUCAGUCUCGCCGCUACCGCCUUUCAACCACACGGUGUGUCGAUGAGCAAGAUGGAUCACAUAGAGGAGACCUUCUACACGGGGAAAGAGAUCGCAAUCGAGCCCGAUCUUGGAGACUUGCGGAAGUCUACCGACAAGGCCCUGCCGGCGCCGCCCAAGACACCGAAGAGGGUGUUGAUGAAGUACCGGUUCUCUGCGAUCCUUUCGAUCGCAUUCGCGGUCGCAAGCUUCGUCUUCACGCUGGUACUGGUACUGGCGGGGAGCGAUGAACAUAUGUUUGGUGGACAGUACAUCGUGGCACUGAAUACAACUACGAUCGCCCGAGAGAGCUCGCAGUUAGAUGCAACAUCGCAACGAUCGGAAAGCGUGGACGGCGAGACACUAGCAGACGUCUACUAUCUCUACCUCAGGACAGUUUGUUCGGGCUCUAUUUCCGAUGCUCAAGAUGAUGCUUCCGAUACUAUUGUCGUAGAACUAUGCGAAAGCUAUCGCGAAGCCAGCGACAUCUCGACACUCCUGAGGACUAUGGCUACCGUGUUGGCCGGCGUACGAUACACCGUCUUCGCUUCCUUACUCGUCUCGCUCGUCGGUGCUGGCUUCUCCGCCGUCUCCGCCAUUCCAGCCAUCAUCUUUCCACACUCAAAACUUCUCGCCUACUUCAACAUCUUUUGGCCGUUCCUUGCGAGCGCAUUCGCCUUCGUCGCCGCCGUGUUGCUCACGGUGUUGAUCUCUGGGGUUUUCUCGGUGGCUGGUGACAUCAUCGACGUUGCUGGUGGAAAGCUGGAUCAAGGCACAUCAGUACUUCUGAUCGUAUGGCUGGCAUAUGUACUAGUGUCGUUGUCGGUCGCUUAUUGGGGCGUGAUAUGGCUCGUGGAAGUCAGGCGAUCAGGCUUCACCAGGAGAAAGAGAAGUGAUGAAGAGGUCGGGAACUGGAAGAACAUUGGGAAAGAAUUAUGGAGUGACGUAAAAGGAACGAAAAGAUUAUGA